AUGACCCAUUUUUAUGCAGGAUGUUGUGUUGGUCGUGGCAAUACCUGUGUCAACGGACUACAAUACAACAAUGUUGGCAUAUCAUACUUCUGUCCCGACACUGACUUUGGUACCGAACAAGAUCGUUUCGGCAUUGGCAGUACUGGCACUAGCACUGGCACUAGCACUGGUAGUGGCACAACACAAUACACCACAACCAAUAUAGUCUACAGCACAUCAUACUCCAUCUCUGGCUCAAUCUCUACCUCCACGGCCACCCCCACACCAACAAGUGACAGUGACAAUGACAAUGACAAUGACUACUAUGAUAAUGAUGAUGGAUUGAGGAUGAAGAAGGCAAAGAAGGAGAGUAAUGAGUACCAGCCAGUGUCAGACUUGAUUGAUUUGGAAGACCCUCCCGCUCCAACUCCAAUCGUCAUCACACCAACUAUUCCAACAAUGUCAAAGUCACCAGUGAUUGAACAACAGGCCAAAGAAGUAGUGAUUAUGAUGGUACCAAACAACAACAACAUGAUGAUGAUGCCACCAAUGUUCAUGCCACCUCAUCAACAACAGAUGUUAUACUAUGUACAUCAGGCACCUUAUGGAUUUCCCGCUCCUGGAUACCCUGCUCCUGCCCCUGUCCAAGGCCCUGCUACUGCCACCAUGCAGCAAUAUCCAUCAUAUUUGCCACCACCAUAUCCAUUCCAAUUUCCUUUCAUGAUGACUACCCAACAACAACAACAACAACAACAACAAUAA